UGGGUGCCUUGGUCUUUUGGCUGAUGGGUACUUGAUAUUUAUGCUCCUGGCUCUAGGAUGAGGAGGAGCUUAGCUCCCAGCCAGCUGGCCAAGAGGAAACCGGAGGGCAGACCUUCUGAUGAUGAAGAUUGGCAGCCUGAGGUAGUGACUCCUAAGAAACGGAAAUCCAGCAGUGAGACCCAGAGCCAGGAGUGUUUCCUGUCUCCUUUUCGGAAAGCUUUGACCCAACUAACGAAUCGACCACCCUGUCUGGACAGCAGUCAGCAUGAAGCAUUUAUUCGAAGCAUUUUGUCAAAGCCUUUCAAAAUCCCCAUUCCAAAUUAUCAAGGUCCGCUGGGCUCUCGGGCAUUGGGCCUCAAACGGGCUGGGGUCCGCCGGGCCCUCCAUGACCCCCUGGAAGAAGGUGCCUUGGUUCUGUAUGAACCUCCCCCGCUGAGCGCCCAUGACCAGCUGAAGCUUGACAAGGAAAAACUCCCUGUCCAUGUGGUUGUUGAUCCUAUUCUCAGUAAGGUCUUGCGGCCUCAUCAGAGAGAGGGAGUGAAGUUCCUGUGGGAUUGUGUCACCAGUCGGCGCAUCCCCGGCAGCCAUGGCUGCAUUAUGGCUGAUGAGAUGGGCCUGGGCAAGACACUGCAGUGUAUCACGUUGAUGUGGACGCUUUUGCGCCAGAGUCCAGAGUGCAAGCCAGAAAUUGACAAGGCAGUGGUGGUGUCGCCCUCCAGCCUGGUGAAGAACUGGUACAAUGAAGUUGGGAAAUGGCUUGGAGGGAGGAUUCAACCUCUGGCCAUCGAUGGAGGCUCUAAGGACGAGAUAGAUAAAAAGCUAGAAGGAUUCAUGAACCAGCGUGGAGCCAGAGUGCCUUCUCCCAUCCUCAUCAUUUCCUACGAGACAUUCCGCCUUCAUGUUGGAGUCCUCCAGAAAGGGAGUGUUGGUCUGGUCAUAUGUGAUGAGGGACACAGACUCAAGAACUCUGAGAAUCAGACUUACCAGGCCCUGGACAGCUUGAACACCAGCCGGCGGGUGCUCAUCUCCGGGACUCCCAUCCAGAAUGAUCUCCUUGAGUAUUUCAGCUUGGUACAUUUUGUUAAUUCAGGCAUACUGGGAACUGCCCAUGAGUUCAAGAAGCAUUUUGAGUUGCCAAUUUUGAAAGGUAGAGAUGCAGCUGCCAGUGAGGCAGAUAGGCAGCUAGGAGAGGAGCGACUGCGGGAGCUCACCAGCAUUGUGAAUAGGUGCCUGAUAAGGAGGACAUCUGAUAUCCUGUCUAAGUAUCUGCCUGUGAAGAUUGAGCAGGUGGUUUGUUGUAGGUUGACACCGCUUCAGACUGAAUUAUACCAGAGGUUUCUGAGACAGGCCAAGCCAGCAGAGGAGUUGCGUGAGGGCAAGAUGAGUGUAUCUUCCCUGUCUUCCAUCACCUCACUAAAGAAGCUUUGUAAUCAUCCAGCUCUCAUCUAUGACAAGUGUGUGGAAGAAGAGGAUGGCUUUGAAGGUGCCUUGGACGUAUUCCCCCCUGGUUAUAGCUCCAAGGUUCUAGAGCCCCAGCUGUCAGGUAAAAUGCUGGUCCUUGACUACAUCCUGGCAGUGACCCGAAGCCGCAGCAGUGAUAAAGUAGUGCUGGUGUCCAAUUACACCCAGACCCUGGACCUCUUUGAGAAGCUGUGCCGGGCCCGAAGGUAUUUGUAUGUCCGCUUGGAUGGCACCAUGUCCAUUAAGAAGCGAGCCAAGGUUGUAGAACGCUUCAACAGUCCAUCGAGUCCUGACUUUGUCUUCAUGCUGAGCAGCAAAGCGGGGGGCUGUGGCCUCAAUCUCAUUGGGGCUAACCGUCUGGUCAUGUUUGACCCUGACUGGAACCCGGCUAAUGAUGAACAAGCUAUGGCUCGGGUCUGGCGUGAUGGUCAAAAGAAGACCUGCUAUAUCUAUCGCCUGCUGUCUGCGGGAACCAUCGAGGAGAAGAUCUUUCAGCGUCAGAGCCACAAGAAGGCACUGAGUAGUUGUGUGGUGGAUGAAGAGCAGGAUGUGGAACGACACUUCUCUCUGGGCGAGCUGAAGGAGCUGUUUACCCUGGAUGAGGCUAGCCUCAGUGACACACAUGAUAGGUUGCGCUGCCGCCGCUGUGUCAACAACCACCAAAUCAGGCCACCCCCUGAUGGUUCUGACUGCACCUCAGACCUCGCUCAAUGGAACCAUAGCACUGAUAAGCGGGGGCUCAGGGAUGAGGUACUCCAGGCUGCCUGGGAUGCUGCCUCCACUGCUAUCACCUUCGUCUUCCACCAGCGUUCCCAUGAAGAGCAGCGGGGCCUCCGCUGAUAACUAGUCUGGGUGCAGCUGUUAAGAGGGAGGAGACAGGGAGAGGGGCUCCUUGCCCCAUAGGGCCCUGCUGGAUUUUGUUCUCUGGGAGAAAAAUCAUCAAGAAGGGCUGCAUGAUGUUUGCCCAAAAUUUAUUUUAUAAGAAAAACUUUUUUGGUUAAAAAAAAGAAAGGAAUAAAGGUAUGAAAGGGACUGAGGCCUGGGAGCAGCAUGGUGAGCCCAGCAUAGAAGAGGCCUGGUAGUGGGCACUCCUAUAUUUCUCUAAAGCUUGGGUACCUGCUUGAGGUGGGAAAGCAAGAACCCCGGAGCAGGGGGAGGGGGACUGUCCUCAGUGACUGAUGACCACUGUAACCUCCUGGCUCAGGGUUCUCAGGUUGCUGAGUAAGAGGCCCAAAGCCUCUAAACCCAGUUCUGGGAAUGCCUUUGCUGGGCCCCACCAAGGCCUCCAGAACCUCAGUGCAAGGGAAGAAGGAAAAUAGAGGGGAAAAAGGUGG